CGCUCCCUGUGGGGGGAGCAGGGGAGGUCCCGAUCCCCACAAGACGUUGUGCAACACUCGGCGGGCCGUAUAUAAGGCAACGGCUACGACAAGCACAGGGUAUUUGUGAGCUCUCCACUUCAAACAGAAUGCUGCUGUACGUUGUGGCCCUCUGUCUCCUGGCCUCGUCCUGGGCGCAGGACUGCCAGGUGUCCAACAUCCAGGUCAUGCAGAACUUUGACAAAACAAGGUAUGCAGGGACAUGGUACGCCGUAGGAAAGAAGGACCCAGAAGGUUUGUUCUUACUUGACAACAUCGUGGCCAACUUCGUAAUCUCUGAGGACGGACAGAUGACGGCCACCGCCGAGGGCAGGGUUAUCAUUCUCAACCAAUGGGAAAUGUGUGCCAGCAUGUUUGCCACCUUUAUGGACACUCCCGACCCCGCCAAGUUCAAGAUGAGGUACUGGGGAGCUGCAUCUUACCUGCAGACUGGAAACGAUGACCAUUGGGUGAUCGACACCGACUACGACAACUACGCCAUCCACUACUCCUGCAGGCAGAUAGACUCCGACGGCACUUGCCUGGACAGCUACUCCUUCAUCUUCUCCCGCCACCCGACCGGCCUGAGGGCGGAGGACCAGGCCAGCGUGGUGCAGAAGAAGACGGAGCUCUGCCUGCUGGGCAAAUACAGACGCGUUCAACACACCGGCUUCUGCGAGGCCAGCCAAUCCGUCACUCCGAGAGUGGACUCGUGAGGCAGCCGACCGCGGGACCGUGAACCACCGUGGGGUGGGGUGGGGUGGGGUGGGGGGGGAGCUCCCCCUCCUCUGCCGUCUUUGUAGAAAGUAGCCCCCCAACUUUUCUCUUCAAACAUAUAAAAAACAAAACAAAAAAAAACCCCAUCAAGUGUAACGUUAACAUGCUGUACAUAGAAACAAAAAGACGACCGUCAUUGGUUUGUUGCCACCAUCCAAAAAGGUCCCCGAUUGGUGGAGGAGAUUCUGGGCCUGUUAAGAUUUUAGUGUCAUUCUCAACGUGGUUCAUGCGUUUGCGAAGGAAUUUCCGGUAUGCGGGAAACAGUGUUGCUCAUGGAAACAAGAGCAACUUUUGGAGCUAGUGGAGCAGGCCAAUGGUACAAAUAAUAAGUAUAUAUAUAUAUAUAUAUAUAGCAAGUGAAGCUGGAACUCUCAGCAGCUCUGGACUAUUAACACGAUUAUCACAAAACCACGUACACAUGUUACUGACUUUGUUUUUACACUGAAGGUAAUAAACCGUCGUACAUAUUUAGCUGUGUGCUAUACAGGCAUAGUCGUUUGGUUGUUACUCGAUUAUUUGAUGUAUACUUCUUGAUCUAGUUUUGAAAUAAAACAUCUAUAACGCGUUG